GGGAAACGGCGCCUUUGCUCCUCUCUUUGCUGCCAGAGCCCUUGGACACAGACACACUGCUGUCCUCUCACUCUCACAGGGGCUGCUGAGCUGCCAUGGGGAACACCACCAGCGAGCGAGUGUCUGGGGAGCGCCAUGGCUCCAAGUCCCACCGCUCAGAUGGCUCUGGUGCCCCCCACCCUGCCAAGGAGCACCCACACAAGAUCAUGGUGGGCAGCACCGACGACCCCAGUGUUUUCAGCUCCCACGACUCUAAGAUUCCUGGGGAGAAGGAGUUUGUGUCAUGGCAGCCAGAUCUGGAGGAGUCAGUGAAACCUUCCCAACAGGCUCGUCCCACUGUCAUCCGCUGGGCUGAUGGAGGCAAAGAGGUCUUCAUCUCUGGGUCUUUCAACAACUGGAGCACCAAGAUCCCACUCAUCAAAAGCCACAACGACUUUGUUGCUAUCCUGGACCUCCCAGAAGGAGAGCACCAGUACAAGUUUUUUGUGGAUGGCCAGUGGGUCCAUGACCCGUCUGAGCCUGUGGUCACCAGCCAGAUGGGGACGAUUAACAACCUGAUUCACGUCAAGAAGUCUGACUUUGAGGUGUUCGAUGCGUUGAAGGUGGAUUCCCUGGAGAGCUCAGAAACCUCAGGUCGGGACUUAUCAAGCUCACCACCUGGUCCUUAUGGCCAAGAGAUGUACGUGUACCGGCCCGAGGAGCGCUUCAAAUCCCCACCCAUCCUCCCGCCUCACCUGCUCCAGGUCAUCCUCAACAAGGACACCAAUAUCUCGUGUGACCCAGCACUGCUGCCCGAGCCCAACCAUGUCAUGCUCAAUCACCUCUACGCGCUCUCCAUCAAGGACGGCGUGAUGGUGCUCAGUGCCACGCACCGCUACAAGAAGAAGUACGUCACCACGCUGCUCUACAAGCCCAUCUGA